AUGUCUACUCAAGGCUCCGCCCCCGCAUACCAGUUUCUCUCUCAACCGCCGCCACAGAAGAAACGUCCGGCUCCCAACCAGCCACUUCCCUCUCCUCCUCAAGGGCAGGCCCCUCUCACGACACACGACAACGUCCGCCCACGACUUACGCCUGUCCAACCUCCCCUGCGCCGGCGCUCCAACACUACCUCCGCAAUCAGCGCCUGGGCCGCCGCCGUCCAGCCCGGUUCUCCCUCGCCUUGCUCUCCUCCUGCCCGUUGCACCCCGACGCAUCGGCGCCCCUCCAUCACUCGCGGGCGCAGGUCUUCGAUCACCUCGCGCCGCGUCCCCUCUGCCUCUUUCCUGAGCCUUACACCCAGCAGCGCGCAGACGCACAGCAUCAAUCUUACCCCAGGCGGACGCAGCAUCAAGACCCCUUCGACCGCGGAAGGGUUCGACUUCCUCAUCUGCGCGGGCUAUUCCGCCGCCUUCGUCCGAAUCCCAGUCCCUCCCACACCCGUGACGCCCGCCAUCCCGUCCUCCAACAACGCCGACUUCAAGGACAUCCCCAUCCCUCCUAUCCCCUCCAGCCCAGCCAAAUCUCAGGCGAAGAGCAAAGGUAUGCGCCUCCGCUCGCUCUCCUUCUUCAAGCGCGGCCGAUCCAAGUCGGUCACGGGCGCGACCUGCGGAACCGGGUCCACCCCGCUGCUCUCGCCCGCCAAAACCGCCAAGAAGGCGUCAGGAGCGACUCAAUCCCAGCGCGCCGCAUCCAUCGCCGCGAAGAAGCGCAAGAAGUAUCCGAAGCUCCCCGCCCCUUUACCUCUCACUUUGGCGCAAGAGGCCGAGAUAGCGCAGCUGCUUGACGGCGGGUCGACGCGCGUGAACGUGCAGCGCGUCAUGCGCGACAAGGCCGUCGCGCGCGGUGCGCACGUACGGAAGGACGGGACGAUCGAAGGCGUUGCGAUGGCCGCGAAGGACGAGUACGGAGUGUGGUGGGAGGACGUGGAAGAGCGGGAGGAGUUCGCGCACUUGCUCGACGGGGCGGACGAGGACGCGAGCCCCGGCGCGCAGUGGGUUGAGUUCACAAGCCCCACCAAAGUUGCCGACCCGCGCCGCGAGAGCCCGUCGUCGUCCGGAACCACACCCUCCUCCGCCGAUUCCGAGCUCGAUCCGCAGUACCGCGUCCUCCCCGCGCCCGAGGGCUCCGUCGACGACCUGGCGCUGUUCGGCUUCGCCUCCACGGACUCCGUCACACCGUCCGAUCACGGACGGUCGGUGCUCGCCCUCCCCGCGCGCCCUCGACGCAUCGCGACGCACCUCCGUCGUCCGGCACUGCUGCAUGACGCGUUCGUCGCGCUCCCCUCUUCGCCCAAGUCCCCGCGGUCGCCCAAGUUGCCCAAGCAAGCGAAGGGCCGCGGGCGGAGACGCCCCGCGCCUCUCGCGCUCGCGCCACCGAGUCCUGCCCGCAAACGUGCCGUGAACGGCCAGGACGCGCGCCGGAUCUUUCUCGAGGACGUGUUCGAGCCCAUGCCACCUGUGCCUGCGACCGCGCCUCUGCCGGUCGUGCGCGCGCAGCAGGCGGACGCCGCGAAGGCGGCCAAGGUCGUCUCGCACAAACCGUCCGUGUGGAAGCUGCUGCGCAGAGUCAAGGCGUGAGUCGCCCAUGCAAUCCAUCAAUAUUCCCGUUAUACCAUACCGCAAGAGUUCCGAUGUAUCGAUAUUCCAUGGAUUCUUCUCCUUGUUACAUC